GAGAGUGCCCGGCUCCUCCCACCAAACGCUGCACUUCAAAUUUAAAACCGAAAGUAAGAGUCUCUUCAAUCGAGCUGCGACCUUCUGCAGAGAAACUGACAGCUCCUCUCUCCUCUCUGGACUCAAACACACUCCGAACUGUCAGUUGCUUGCAUCUCCAUCACAGGACAGAGAAGAAGAUUCAGCCUCUGCUCUCUUCCGGCGCUCUGCGAUGCUGCUGUUGAAUCUUUAUUAAAAAAUCAUAAGCUGUUGUUUGAGAGACAUGGAGUCUCAAAGAGGACCGAGCAGCAGGUGACAUACCCGAGAGGAGUCGAUAAUGGAGGAUCUGCCGGUGAACAGAGGAGGAACUGGUGCAACAGAUGGCCAAGAAGAGGAUUCUCCAUUCUAGGAUGGUCAGAGACAAUCUUGAUAGAACAGUAGUACAGAACCUAGAACAGAACCGUGCAGCUGAGACACAGAACCAGAGUCGGCCUCCUGAAGAACCCGCGAGACCCGAACAGCCCCAGAGUCCUCAGGGAGCUGAACCAGAGAGCCGAGAGCCGUCUAAGAAGCAACUAAGUCUGCUGCACUGGAGACAAUUCCUGACUCAACACGACUCGGAGGAAGAAGCAGAAACCUGGAACCAACCGGUGCCCAGAGACAACACUGAGACCUUGCCCACACACCUCCGUCCAUUCAGCAGCUUUGCAGAGUAUAAACUUGUAAAACACACUUACCAGCAGCUCCAGUACAGUGGAUACUACUGGGGACCAAUGACAAUGGAGGAGGCACAUGAAAUACUCACACGCGCACUGCUGGGCACAUUCCUCAUCAGAGACAGUGGCCAGCCAGAUGUUUUCUUCACUCUGAGUUACCAAAGCGAUGACGGCCCGACUAGUGUUCGUGUCUUGGUGAACAACCUGCUCUUCAGUCUGCACGGCAGCCACAAGACUUUCCCUUCACUCUUCGCUCUGCUCAAUUAUUACACCGGCUCUUCCUGUAAGCUGACCAGGCCGUAUCGCAGGCAGCGGCCGGAGAGCCUGAAGCAGAUGUGCAGGAGGGCUUUUAUACGCACUUAUGGAGCAGACAGUACAUUACCUGGACUCAGCACUCAAGUGAAAGACUAUGUUCGUGCAUAUCCUUACUGUAUAUAGUAUAUAAUAGUUAGUUAGUUAAUUAGUUAGUCAGUUAGUUAUUACAGAAAAUAAUCCACAUUACACUUUUCACUUUUUUUCUGAAAUACCUGAAGUAGCAACAACAGGGGAAACAAUGAGCAAGGCAUCCUAUUUAGGGCUGCUAAAUAUUAUGUGUAUAUAUAGAAAGAGAUGCUGUAUGAUAUUUAUCAUAAAUAUCAUAAGUAACACAAAUUCAUCUUGAGUAUUUGAUCUUCAAGUUAUUCACAAAUGAUUUGCACACAUUAUCAAAACGGUAUGCAAGGAGUUACAAUGUGUGGCUCAUGUAAUGUUUUUUUAAAAUGUUUUAAUUAUAACAUUUACAUUAACAAAUCCUCACUUAUUAUCUGUGAAUGUGGAACCAAUUUCAACAAAUCCUGUGUUUAUGCUG